CGCAACUCCAUGUGUGAGAAGAGCAUUAUUUGGCAACCGGAACGGCAGCGGGGAGGGCUGUGAACAGGGGGGGAUCCCCAGGAUUUUUUAAGCACCGAAUUACCGGGGUAAAUAGUCACCCAAAUCGCGAGGAAGAGCCGGAGACAAAAGGAUCACAUCACCUCGACUCCGUGAGUGUUGCCAUGGCGGAGGAGGCCGUGCGGCAGACCCGCAGCCAGAAGAGGGCGCUGGAGCGGGACGCCCCGCCCGCGGAGGUGGACAGUAAGAAGGUGCGGCUGGACAGGGGGGACCUGCUGAAGAGCGACCCUGGGGGCGGAGCCAGAGGAGGAGGAGGCGGAGGGAAGGCGGAGCCUGUGGGGAGGGUGUCCAGCAUCCUGAACGCCGGGGAGGUGAAGGCCACCAUCAAAGUGGAGGUUCAGACCGGAGACCAGCCCGUCGACAUGAGCACCGCCAAAAGUACCGUGAAGGGGGAGAGGCGACCGCCCUCGCCGGAUGAUGUCAUCGUCCUGUCGGACAACGAGCCCCCCAGCCCCCCCAUGAACGGGCUGAGCCACUGCCCCAAGGAGAUGGACACGGAGGGGCUCCUGAGGAGCAGUCCGGAGGAGAGGGAGCGCAUCAUUAAGCAGCUGAAGGAGGAGCUGAGGCUGGAGGAGGCCAAGCUGGUCCUGCUGAAGAAGCUGAGGCAGAGCCAAAUUCAGAAGGAGGCGUCGGCCCAGAAGACCACUGGGUCAUCCAGCUCUGUGGCCACACCGCCCCCUCUGGUCAGGGGUAGUAUUGCAGCCAACAAAGGGUCACUGCAGGUGGUGUCGGGGCGGAGCGCGGGCGGGGUCAUCCCCCCUCCUCUGGUGCGGGGCGGGCAGCAGGUCUCCUCCAAACCCGGGGCGCAGAACUCCCACAUCGUCAUGCCCCCCCUGGUCCGAGGGGCACAGCCGAUCCAGGUGACCCCCCAGCAGAUCCACAGCAUGCGGCAGCAGCCCCACCAGCACUCUGGCUCGGGGCCCCCUCCCUUGCUGCUGGCCCCCCGCCCGGUGGUCCCCGGGGGGGUGCAGGUGCAGGGCCAGAGGGUCAUCCAGCCCAGCCUGAUCCGCGUGGCCAACGUGGGCAGUGCUGGCCUGCUGGUCAACAUCUCCCAGGCUUCCGCCGGCUCCCUGAAAGGCUCCACUGUGACAUCACAGUCGCAGCUGAUGGGCAGCGGCGUGUCAUUGGCCGGCGCGGCCGAGUCUCCCGCCAGCCGCCAGGCGGCCGCCAAGCUGGCCCUGCGCAAGCAGCUGGAGAAGACGCUGCUGGAGAUCCCGCCCCCCAAGCCCCCCGCCCCCGAGCUCAACUUCCUGCCCUCCGCCGCAAACAACGAGUUCAUCUACCUGGUGGGGCUGGAGGAGGUGGUGCAGAACCUGCUGGACAUGCUGGCCAAAGGUAAGCCCCAAGCCCCGCCCCCGCCCAAGGAGCCGUUCACCUGCUCCCAGUGCCAGACGGACUUCACCUCCCGCUGGCGCCCGGAGGAGGGCGGGAGCGCCGUCAUGUGCGAGCACUGCAUGACCUCCAGCCAGAAGAGGGCGCUGAAGGCAGAGCACACCGGUCGGCUGAAGGCCGCCUUCGUCAAGGCCCUGCAGCAGGAGCAGGAGAUCGAGCAGAGGAUGCUGCAGCAGACGUCCGCCUCGCCCGCCUCGUCCCACGCCCCCUCCUCUUCCUCAUCCUCCUCCUCCUCUUCUUCCUCGGUGGUGGUGAAGGUGGAGCCGCAGGGGCUCAAGCAGCACGCCCGCUCCAGCCCCGCCUCCCUGCAGGUGCACGGCCGGGUCACGCCCGUCGCCCGACACCAAUCUGCCAUCAAACAGCUCUCCAGAAGUGUCCAGCCCACAGUGGUGAGGGGGGUGACCCACACCUUCUCCCCGACUCCACAGAUCCAGAACGCAGUGGCAGCCGCAGCACUGGUGACCAGGCCAGGAGUCACCAUGGCGUAUGUGAACCCCAGCCUCACCGCACACAAGAGCUCCUCGGCAGUGGAGCGCCAGCGGGAGUACCUCCUGGACAUGAUCCCCUCCCGCUCCCUGUCCCAGGCCGCCAACGCAUGGAAAUAACCCGCUCCCCCCGUCCUGAUUACUCACCAUGACGACGCUCAGAACCGCUCUCACCGCCAUAGCGAUCGACACGCCCCCCCCCCCCCCCCCAGCUGGAAACCAACCCUGAGACACCCAGAACCGCUAACUCGAUCCGAAACGGAAAUAAAAAAAACCUCUCUCUCUCUUCUUCAUCUGUCCCUCUCUCUUUCUCUUUUGUUUCCUUACUUCUUCUGUUUGUUUUGGAUGCCCGUCCUUAUUUUUCAGGGCUUGGGUUUUCAGGGCUUUUUCAGGGAUUGUGGGAUUGUUGUGGGGAGGGGGGGAGGAGGGGAGGGGUCGGGGCAGAGAAUGGAGGGAGACUAAAUACCGACGAAAUGAAAAUGAGUACACAAAGGACCCCUCUCUCUUCCUGUUCCCUCCCCGUCGCCUCGUCACCGGCGCACAGGGAUGAUGUCAUCAACUGUCGCCUGUAAGGAUGGUGAUGUCAGACAGAGUGAAUGACCUUUGACCUCACCCCUCCCCACAAAACGGCUGUUGUGCAAACGGAAUUUCCCCCUUUCCCCCGCUUCCCGCCACGGGCGCGACCGUUGGGAGACACGCGGACUGAGCGGCAGCGGUUGUCGCCACGGGCAACGGCUCGACCUCGACAAGAUGCUAGGUUUCUUUAGCAAAUUAAAAUACAAGCAUAUUAAAGAGGAAUAAUAAAAGACAACAAAAAACAAAAUAAAAUGACAACAAACGUGCUCUCGUGUCCGGAGUCUCAGGUGUGGGACAGUAGCUGGGGUUUUUUUUUUUUGGGGGGGGGGGGGGGGGGUUUGGGAUAGGAGGGCAGCCGUAGAAGAUUCCGGAGUGUCCAGCUUCCAGCUGCUUGCAUUACGAACCAUUUCUGUGACUCUGUCGCUGCGGAGUUGUCAACCUUCAACUCUUCGAGAUGGCUGUACGAACUGGUUUCGACGUUGGCUCAAAAACUCCUUUUAUUUUUGUUUGUUUUUUUAAAUUAUUAUUAUUAUUAUUAUUAAUGUAGUCUUUGGAGUAAGCGUGGAAACUUUUACACAGCGGACGGGAAACCGUGGAGGAUUGGGACUGUGUCGGGACUGUGUCGGGACUGUGUCGCUGAAACUGUGUGGGAGAUCCUGCUGGCUUAAAUACAGACAGAAGAAAGCACGCGAUGGCGGACUUCAAACGGAUGUUUUCCGGACAUUUCCUGCGAACCCCAACCGGCCGAUGUAUGAUCGAGGGGAGGGGGGGGUAACCCUUUUCUCCCGAUUUUAGGCUUGGCCAAAGUUGCGUUUCAUAUUUUAAGUUGUCCUUGCUUUAGACGGAUGUGUUUCAAAUAGGUGAGUGUUGGCUUGAGGGGUGUUGCACGUUUCUGGCAGAAACCAAGGCGUAGAUGCAGAAAUAGUGUCUUCAUUCCCUGGACACCGGGGGGGGGGGGCGAAGCUCACGCUCACGUCUACACAACGGGUUGAGCCGAACUUCAUUCCGCUCCGUGUAUCCUGAACGUACCGAACGUUCAUGUUUAUUUUCUCUUUCUUUAUCUGUCUCUCUGGGGUGAUUUCUGUGUUGCCUUUGAUAAGUGUGCAGGGGAGAGAUCUCCAGGCACAGGGUUGGCGCUGGGCUCCACCUCAUUGGCCGUGGCUGACCCGGUUGCCAGGGGAACGCGAUGCGUUUCGAACCCUGGCGAGGUCGGCCGUUUGGGCGGAAUCUACGCACGGCAUGUCCUGAGUCACGCGGCUGACCCGGGUCAUCACCGCUGUGAGGGUGACCUCCUGCUUCUUAAAAAAAAAAAA